AUGGCCGAAAAAUCCACUUUCCCCAUUAGAUUUCCCCACCUUACCAAAACCAAUUACAAAAAUUGGUGCAUUCGUAUGAAAGCCUUGCUUGGAUCCCAAGAUGCUUGGGAUAUUGUUGAGAAAGGUUACGAGAUUCCCGUGCAGGAUUCUCGGUUAUCUCCUGCUGAAAAGGAGGUAUUGAGAAAAAAAAGAGAGAGUGAUCAAAAGGCACUCACUCUAAUUCAUCAUUGUCUUGAUGAAUCGAUGUUCGAUCAAAUAGCAGAUGCUACCACAACGAAGGAAGCAUGGGAAAUUUUGCAAAAGGAAAUGCAAGGCGUAGAACCAGUAAAGAAGGUUCGACUUCAGACACUAAGGGGAGAUUUUGAAGUGAUUAAAAUGAAGGAAGGUGAAUCUGUUUCAGAUUACACCGCCCGUGUGAAGUCAGUCGUCAGCAAACUGAAGCAAUAUGGGCAGAAAAUUGAAGAGACCAAAGUGGUGGAGAAAAUUCUACGGUCAUUAUUACCAAAGUUUGACUAUGUGGUGGUGGCCAUGGAGGAAGCUAAGGACGUGUCAAAAAUGACGGUUGAUGAAGUCAUCGGUUCAUUACAAGCCAGAGAAGAAAGACUAAAUAAAAGAAAUGAAGAAUCAUCAGAACAAGUGUUAGCUACAAAAGCUACCACUGAGGAGAAAGAAGGUGCCCGAGGAGGAGGUCAGUACAGAGAUCGAGGCAGAGGCAACUACAGAUGCAGAGGAAGAGGCAAAGCUCGAGGAGCAUAUCAAAGUAGAGAUGGAGUAAAUUUCACCAUGAACAAUUAUGAAUCGUCCACUAGAGGCAGAGGUCGUGGUCGUGGACGAGGAAGAGGAAUUUGGAGAUCAAAUGAAGGUCGCUAUAAAUCCAACGUUCAGUGCCAUAAUUGCUCGAAGUACGGGAAUUAUGCAUCAUACUAUUGGAGUCCGCCUAAAGAAGUGGAGGAGAUAGCAAACAACGUGCAAGAAGAAGAAGUCAAAGGCACAUUGAUGUUGUCACAUUAA